AUGUCAAACUCCAAAUCCACUUCCGAAGAAACAGCCAAAUCGUCAUCUUGGACUUCGUUUUUAAAGUCCAUUGCUUCGUUCAAUGGAGAUUUAUCAUCUUUGACUGCACCACCUUUUAUCUUAUCCCCCACUUCAUUGGUGGAAUAUUCUCAGUAUUGGGCUGAACAUCCCGAUUUAUUUAUUGCCCCAAGUUUAAUCAAAACCACAGAAAAUCCAGCAAAAGAAGAAAUUGAAGCUAUCAAUUUACAGCAAAUGAUAGCCGUAACUAGAUGGUUUAUAUCUACAUUAAAGUCUCAAUAUUGUUCAAGAAACGAAAGCAUGGGUAGUGAAAAGAAACCUUUGAACCCGUUUUUGGGCGAGCUUUUUGUGGGAAAAUGGCAGGACGACAAGACAGGAGAAACCGACUUGGUGUCUGAACAAGUCAGCCAUCAUCCACCAGUGACUGCGUAUGCCAUUAAAAACAAGAAACACGGGAUCGUUUUACAAGGCUACAAUGGGAUUACAUCAAGCAUCUCUACUACUUCUAUAAACAUCAAGCAAUACGGACAUGCCUUGUUGAAAUAUCCAGAAAUAGAUGAAACUUUUUUAAUCACCUUGCCACCUUUGCAUAUCGAGGGUUUGAUUACAGCUGCCCCUUUUGUUGAAUUAGAAGGUACCUCAUACAUACAAGCCUCCAGUGGACAUAUUACUGUGAUUGAAUAUAGUGGACGUGGUUGGAUUUCCGGUAAGAAAAACACCUUUAAAGCAAGAAUUUACCGUGAUGCGUAUGCUAGUGCCAGUAAAGAAAAUGCCUUGGUUGCUAUUCUGGGUCAAUGGUCGGGGAAGUCAUAUAUUGGUAAAGGUUCUUCUACUCCAACUUCCAAAAAUGAAGUAUUUUACGAUGCAAGCAAAACCCCAACUCAUCACUUGCAGGUGAAGCCCAUUGAAGAGCAACACAAAUUAGAAUCUAGAAAAGCUUGGUAUAAAGUUGCAGAAGCUAUAAAGAAAUCCGAUUACAAUUUAAUUGCAACCGAGAAGACGUUGAUUGAGAACGAGCAGCGUGAAUUGAGAAAACAGGAAAAAGAGGCAGGCAUAACUUGGGAAACUAGAUGGUUUGAUAAAAUUGAUUAUUUGAACAAGGAUGCGGACACACCGGUUAAGGAUGAUUUUACAAACUUGACCAACAUUUCUAACUUGUCGAUCCACAAUGCACCUUCAGGAACUUUGAAAAACUCAAAGUACGACCAUGGUGAAGCCAAGCAUUGGCGUGUUAACUUGAAAAAGUUGGAAGAUGAAAAAGAAAUAGUCUUUUGA